AUGAAGGCAGUGAAUAUCCUCUUCUACUUGACCUUAGCUGCGCCAUUUGCUUUUGGUACACCAAUUACUGGCAAUGGAAACGAAAAGAGGGUUGCAGAACCCGUAGAUAUUCUUGAAGGAAUUGAAUCUGAGAUAUACUCUCGAGAAUAUCUCGAAGAGGUUUUCAGGAAGCGGAAUGCUGCAAAACACCUUCGUUUGAAGCGACAUGAUGACGAUGGGCCUAAUGAGCAGCCUAUCCGUGGAGAAUUCGGUGCACCUAUCUUAGGUGGUACAAACCCCGGCCGUGAUAAUGAGCAGCCAGAUCAUAUUCACCCACCGGCUACCGACAACGGGAACGUUCCAAACUUGAAAUGGGCCUUUUCAGACUCCAAGACAAGGCUCCUUAAAGGUGGUUGGGUUCGAGAACAAUUGGUCACCGAUCUCCCACCUAGCAAGGAUAUUGCAGCUGCUCAGCAACAUCUUGUUAAAGGUGCUAUCCGAGAACUUCAUUGGCACAAAGUUGCAGAAUGGGGAAUUGUUUUUAAUGGCUCUAUUUUGGUCUCAGCGGUCGACGAAAAUGGCAAAAACACAGCCGAAGUCCUAAACCAAUGGGAUAUCUGGUACUUCCCCAAGGGAGUAGGCCACACAGUCCAAGGUCUGGCCGACCAAAACGAAUACCUCCUCGUCUUCGACGACGGUAACUUCGAGGCCGUGGGCACAACCUUCAACAUCGUCGAUUGGCUCCUCCAUGCUCCCAAAGAUGUAAUCGGGAAAAACUUCGGCGUAAAUGCUACCGAAGUCUUUAAGAACCUCCCAACCGCAAACCCUUACAUCAAACAAGCUAAAGUUGGCGGUUUGAAGGCACCCAAGGCACCCGCUGGGGAGUUGAAGGGAAAGAGUAGUUAUGUUUAUAAACUUAGCGAGGUCGGGUUUAAGAAAGUUCCUGGUGGGGCUGGCACGCUCAAUAUUAUCGACUCGAGAAACUUCCCUGUUUCUACGACUAUUGCGGCUACAGUUGUGAGAGUUGAGCCUAAGGGCCUCAGGGAGUUCCAUUGGCACCCUAAUGCGGAUGAGUGGCUUUACUUUCACUCUGGCAAGGCUCGCGCCACCGUAUUCCAAGGAAGUGGUCUUGCCCGCACUUUCGACUUCAACCCAGGUGACACCGCCGUCUUCCCAGAUAACACUGGCCAUUACAUCGAAAACACCUCAGAAACCGAAGACCUUGUCUGGGUUGAGAUCUACAAGAGCGAGCGAGUCGCUGACAUCCCGCUCUCUCAGUGGCUGGCUCUCACACCACCAGACAUUGUCGCACAGCUACUUAAUGUAUCAACUGAAUUCGUUGCUUCGUUGAGUAAAGAAAAACAGGUUUUGGUUAAUCAGAAGACGUUCCAGAAAAAGAGCAAUUAG